UUUCUCUAUGGAAUGGCAUCAUGCUGGAGCUCUUCUCGCCAGGAUGGAGGAACCAUCUUCAUAUUCCGGCCGGAAAAGAAUCCGGGAAGCCUCGACAAAAGAGGGAGUGGCGUUGAGCAUUCCAGCUCUCCUCUCGGCGCUCAAGAGACGCUGCGGCAUCGUCGGACACUUACGUUGCAAACUCGCUCGUUUCCAUGUAUGCCAAGUGUGGGAGCAUGGUUGAUGCUCGAAAGAUUUUCGAAACCAAUCCUCGCAAGAGCGUCGUCUCGUGGAACGCUCUCAUACUUGGGUACGCCGAGAAUGGCGAUGCCAAGCAAGCUCUCGAUCUCUUCACGCAAAUGGAAAGCUCGGGCCUGGAGAGAUCCUGUCGCCCAAACCGAGUGACUUAUCUCGCAGCUCUCAAGGCCUGUGCCAACCUCGCGUCGAGAGAGCGAGGAAAAUCCACCGAGUGUUUGGAGAUUGGACGAAGAAUCCACUCCCAGCUCGUCGAAUCCGGA